AUGGCAUCUUCUGCUUCGACGUCAUCACUUCCUUUCAGCCAAGGUGACGCUAGCCUUGAUGUGCUGCCCGCCGAACUGCAAAACACCGUCCUGGAGGGCAAAUUUGCGCAGAUCAGACAGCAGCGUCAGGAGGCACGCACUGUGCUCCGUGAAGCUAAACAGCGCACACGCAACCAGCAGACCGACCAGCAGAUUCUACUCCUCAUGCAGGCAGAUGAACGGCUUGCCGCACUCCUCUCGCAGGCGGCCGACUCGAUGCGUGCCUUGUUACCCGUCAACCAAACGACGCUCGCUUCCUAUACCGACGACGUAGGGGCAGCGGUCACCAACAGCGGCCACAGUACGAGCACGUCUUCUCACGGUCCGAAGGCAUUCGAAGAAAAGGCGCAACAGUGGUUCUCGAUCCUCAACGAAGUGCAGUACUCUCUUCGCAGCGCGGUACGCUUCCUGCGCGAAGCUCAACUCGCUCCUCUCACCCCUCCCGCUGCACCCGAGGCACGCUCCACCGGCCGAGCAGGCUCUGCUAGCCGUGGUCACAACUUGUCACUUCUCGAGGCUUUCGUCGACAUCGGCAGUCUCGAAGGCACCACCUUCAAGCUUCCGCCUGCCGACCCUACCGCGCCCACCUCAUCACCCUUUUCGAACCUACCAGAGUCGAACCUCAGCUUGCAGGCACUUCGAGAAAGGCAUCACAACUGGCAAGCGCUCUCGAGCUCGCUGCAACAGAUCAACCAGUCCAUGACAGAGAACAAGACCGGAAAUUUUACGCCCUCGCCCGAGCUGAGCUUAUUGGAAAGCAUCAAGAACGGCUGCAGCUCGGAUAGGAUCCUUCUCGAUGCGCUUGUUAAUACCUAA